GCGUGAAACCAACGACAGGACGGCAUACAAAAUCCAAGCUUAAAUAACUCCCACUACGCGAGUUCUAUUUUGACAUCCACUGGCGGUUUGCAACGGAGUUCCCUCAGUUGCGAAUAUUUCUGCGGCGCGCUCGAACGAAGAAGGGGCGGGACGUGAGUGGGCGAAGGAAGCAUGAAGAGCAAGCGUUCGUCGGCUGAAAUCGUGGCGGUGUCCACGGAACUGCGUCACCGCCAGGCGAUGCGGAAAAAGGGGAAGAGCAAGGCGGGGAAGGACGACGACAAACGCGAACUCGAAAUGGACGAGCAUCAAAAGUCGAUUGCCGAACUGUGUGCGGACCUCACAACCAGCGCAACGUUGGGCAUGACAAACGCUGAUGCAGAUGCUCGGCGUGAGGUGGACGGUGUCAACAGGCUGACCCCCCCACGUCAAACCCCCGAAAUCGUCAAGGUGUUUCGCGAACUCACGGGGUUUUUCUCGCUCCUGCUGUGGGCCGCAGGAAUUCUGUGUAUGGUUUGCUACGGUCUGCAAGGAGACCAGAACAAUUUGUACCUCGGCAUUGUGCUGUUUUGCGUCGUGGUGAUCACGGGGCUUUUCUCGUACUUUCAGAACCGCAAAUCCAACAAUCUCAUGGAGUCGUUCAAAAAUAUGAUGCCGACGAUCACGACCGUCAUUCGCGACGGGCGAUCCCAGAAGAUCGAUGCAUCCUUGCUCGUGCGUGGUGACAUCAUCGCUAUCAAGGGGGGCGACAAAGUGCCAGCCGACAUCCGAAUUAUCGAAUGCUCGGACGACCUUACCGUGGACAACUCCGCGCUCACGGGGGAACCCGAGCCGUUGAAGCGUGUCGUGCACUGCACCCACGACAGUCCCCUCGAAACGAAGAACUUGUGUUUUUUUGGCACAUUCAUUCCUCAAGGGUCUGGAAAGGGUCUCAUUGUGCGCACAGGUGACCGAACUGUCAUGGGACGCAUUGCUAAGCUCGCCACGUCCACAAAGAAGGAGCAAACGCCGAUUGCCAAGGAAAUUGAGCACUUUGUGCACAUUAUCACUGGUGUCGCCGUGUCUAUCGGGGUGAUCUUCUUAAUCAUUGGGUUCAUCAUUGGCACGGACACGAUCACGAACAUUGUGUUUAUGAUUGGGAUUAUUGUGGCCAACGUCCCAGAAGGUUUGUUGGCAACCGUGACGGUAUGUUUGAGUCUGGCAGCUGCCCGCAUGGCAAAGAAGAGCGUUCUCGUCAAGAACUUGGAAGGGGUCGAAACGUUAGGAUCUACCAGCUGCAUCUGCUCGGACAAGACUGGGACGUUGACGCAGAAUAUCAUGACUGUCGCGAACGUCGUGUACGACAAUGCGAUUUAUGACUCUGAGUGCUCGCUGACCCCCGUUGGCUCGUACAAGACGUCGGACAUGUCGUUUCAGCGACUCCAACGUUGUGCAACGUUGUGCAACAAUGCCGUCUUCGACGAAGAGUCCAAGUUCCAAAAGGUUCUCGAAGGCCAGGGUGCGUCGGUUCAAGUCGUCCGCGGUGCUGCCAUUCCGUUUUCGGAAAUGGUUGUCGCCUCGGAUGGGUCCCGGUGCCCCAAGGUGUUGUGGGAAACCAUCGGCGAUGCUUCGGAAUCCGCAAUGAUUAAGUUUUGCCAAGAUAAGCGCGACAUCGUUGAAUAUCGUGAAGCAAACCGCAAGCUCAAGGAAAUCCCGUUCAAUUCGCGCAACAAGUACCAACUCUCAAUCCAUUUGCAAGAAAACGACGAAACGAAGCCUAUGGUGCUUGUGAUGAAAGGUGCUCCCGAACGUAUCACGGCUCGUUGCUCCAAAAUUUUGAUCAACGGAGAACUCGAGGAUUUCACCCCGGAACGACUAGCUGAAGUGGAAGCACUUCAACUCAAGCUGUCGAAGAAAGGCAUGCGUGUGUUGGGCUUUGCCGAGAAGGAACUCGACCUCGCGACAUAUCCCCAUGGCUACGAGUUUAACACCGACAACUGCAACUUUCCUCUUGGCGAGAAGGACGUGGAUUACGAUGCCAACCCCGUUCCCAAUAAGAAGAUUGAAGAACCUUUGGUCUUCAUUGGCUUGAUGGCGUUGAUCGACCCUCCUCGACCAGAAGUACCAAUUGCCGUUGCCAAGUGCAAAACCGCCGGUAUUCGUGUUAUCAUGGUCACUGGUGAUCACCCCGUCACGGCUAAGGCCAUUGCCCACAAAGUGGGUAUCUUGUGGGGCCCCACCAAGGAAGAUAUUGAAGAAGAAAAUACUGAGAAGGGUCUGAGUGCUGGGGAUCCUGGGUACAAAAACCCUGACAGUGCACAAGCCAUUGUCGUGCCUGGAUGGUCCAUCAGCGUAGACACGGACGAAAAGGAAUGGGAUCGCAUUUUGAACCACAAGCAGGUUGUGUUUGCCCGUACGUCGCCCCAGCAAAAGCUCAUAAUUGUGGAAAACUGCCAACGUCGGGGUGAAAUUGUGGCUGUGACGGGUGAUGGUGUGAACGACUCGCCCGCAUUGAAGAAGGCUGAUAUUGGGAUUGCCAUGGGGAUUAUGGGGUCUGAAGUGUCCAAGGAAGCGGCUGACAUGAUUUUGUUGGACGACAAUUUUGCCUCGAUUGUGUGCGGUGUCGAAGAGGGCCGCAAGGUUUUCGACAACUUGAAGAAAUCCAUUUGCUAUGCAUUGGCAGUCAACAUUCCCGAAUUGGUCCCGUUUUUGGUCUACGUGCUCAUUGCGAUUCCUGUGCCCCUCACGACGGUGUUGAUGUUGCUCAUCUGCCUUGGUACUGACAUGAUCCCUGCUAUUUCGAUGGCUUAUGAAGACGCCGAAAGCGACAUCAUGCUACGAUCUCCACGUCGUCCUUCUAUCGACCGUCUUGUUACCAAGAAGUUGGUGUUCUGGGCCUACGUGCACAUCGGUUUCAUCCAAGCCUUUGCUGGGCAUGUCGUCUACUUCACAGUUCUGAACGACUACGGGUACCCAGCCCAAGUUCUGCCUGCUCUGGGCCAAAAAGAUAGUUUUGGCAAGCAAGUGUUGUGGUGUACGACGACUGGAGGCCAGUAUUGCACGCCUGGUGGUGGUUACAAGGACGCGGCUGGUAACAUGCAACCUCUUGGAAAUUCCGAAAAGCCAAUUUGUGGUCUCGAGUAUGACGCUACGAUCCCUGCUGGCGGCAGCAUCUUUGAUGCCAAGAUCUUUUACAACCCUGGCGAAGAUGGUGUGGUGGAAGACUGCUUGUUCCCUUACGCCAACUACAAGGGCUCGAAGGACAAGCCGGCCGGGUACAACCGCUACGACCCCUCAACGUAUGGUGAUUUCACGAACGGCAACGCAAUGAUCACCGUUCAGUCGAUGGAAGCGCUGUGGAACAAGAAUUACCGUCCGUAUUACCCGUACAAGAGUCGUCGUUCGGCAUUCUUUGACUUAAACUGGCUCAGCUACGAUGUCACGAGCGAAGGUGGUGUUGACGGCUUUAGCAAAGACCUCGAAGAUGUUGCGCUGCUCUUGUACCAACCCAUCGGUGUGUUCAGUAUCGUGGACGCGUCCAAGAAGGACGGCAAAGAAUCAGUCUUGACCUCUGGCCGCCCUCGCAAGGCUCUUAACGGCGCAACAGCCACGUUGACUGACGCCUCAUUGAAACAAGUGACAUCGACAAUCACGUUGUCAGACUCUGACUUGUACACCAACGCCGCUGCUGGUUUCUCUGUGAAGUUGCCAACUGGUGCUGCUCCAUGCACGACAAAGGCCGAUUGUUUGCUCGACUACCGCACUGGUUUCACGUAUAAUGACGGCACGAAGACUUACACGAACGUACUGUCCCGCAUGAUGUCGAUCUACUCGUUGAUCAAUGCCCAAACUGCGUAUUUUGUGGGCAUCGUGGUCAUGCAAUGGUCGAAUAUUUUGAUUUGCAAGACAAGACUGCUGUCGAUUCGCACGCAAGGCCUCCGCAACCAAGUCCUCAUGUUUGGGUUGGGCUUUGAGUUCAUUGUGUGUGCGCUCGUGUGCUACUCGUCGGGGUUCCAGUCAGUCUUCAAGACGGAAAGCAUUCGUCUCAACCACUGGUUCCCGGCCAUGCCGUUUGCCAUGUUCCUGUUUGUGUACGACGAAAUGCGCAAGUACAUGUUGCGCUCGACGUCGAUCACGACCGUCGAUCCGGCGACCGGCAAGUACACGCGCAUUCCCGGGUGGGUCGAACGCAACUCGUACUAUUAGACGAGGAUCCGCCAUCCAUAAUUGCAUAUAAAUAGACUUGAUUCAUUUCGCA